CGCGAGGAGCUCGGCGUCAGACUGUCGGUCGGGCGCGCGCAUCAUCAGUGCGGCACGCGGGGACUUGCGUUGCUCUAAAUCAUCUCCUGUGGCAAGUCGUGUCCUCAGCUGCUGUCAGGUAGACUUCGUCCAUUUCAUUUUUUUUGUAACAAUUAUUUCCUCCACUUAACAGAAAAUGGACUUCGUACUGCCAACCAGUGUUCCAGCUGGAGGUAUCCCGUGGCAGAAGGUUCUACCGCCGCUUAUUCCUCGGCUCAACGGGACCUACGGGCAGUAUAAUUGGUCUCCCAGCUUACUGAUGCCAGAAACCGAUCAUACGAGCUCCGCAGAGGUGAACUGUGAUGACAGCGGUUUUACUGUUCAAGUGGACGUAAAGCACUUCAAGCCAGAAGACCUGAUGGUCAAAGUGAUCGGAGACUUUGUGGAAGUACAAGGGAAGCAUGAAGAAAAAAAGGACGGUGCAGGGGUUACAACCCGGCAGUUUAACCGCCGCUACCGUAUCCCAAAGGGAGUGGACACCAUGGCUUUGGAAUCCGCGGUCUCUCCUGAUGGAAUCCUUUUCAUAUCUGCACCGAUGCUGCAGACCGAGUGCCCCAGAGUCCUGACCUAAUCCCCUUCAAACGGACCACCCAAACCUCUGCCGUCCUCACCAUACAUAAAAACAAGUGCAGCGGAUAUUCUAACCAACACACAGAAAUAACUUCAUGCCCCUUCAGUCACAGCAACACGCGUCACGUGCCAAAACACCCAUUUGCUCUGUUCCAGGCACUGUUUAAAUAUUCCCUACUCUUGGGGGUUUGUAUAUACUGCUCUUCUGUUACUCAAUCUUGUAUGAUGUUUCAAGGAACCGGUCUUUGUAAAUAUUCUGUGUUCAAAUUGGUAUUUGUUUGUGUGCAACUUUUGUAAAAAUGCACUGUAUUGUGAUUAAUGAUGCGCGCAAACAUAUCGCCAAACUCUUUAAUGUGGAAAUACUUCUCCAAAAAUGAAAAAAUAAACUUUAUUUCUUUAAAAAAAUUUAAAAAGUGACUGCGUCGAGGGCGUCUUGUCACUGGCCAAGUAACUUGUCACUCUUCCAGGAAUUCAUUCAACACGGCGUCUACUUCACUGUAAGGACAAAUACAGAAGUUUAUUUCUCUGGAAUUUUGGGUGCCAUGUUUGGGUUAUUCUAAAAAUAUGAUCUUUAGAUUAGUGGCCUUCUGAGGACAUCAUUUACAUAAAUAACAAAGAAUUGGGCUUUUUAAUAUACAAUACAAUUUUAAUAUGUAGGUCAUUAUUUUACCUGAUCUGCUUCUUUACCCAUUUCCUCUGCCUGCGAAGAACUUGUAAUAAAGGGUCAUCUUCAAA